UGAACUAUCGGUAACUUUGUGCAGUCUCAGCUGUUUGUGUUAUCACACAACAGUUUCUCGGCACAUUCGCACCGAAAGUUCGGUAGAUGCGAGGUGCAGGAAGGGGUACAUUGAGGUUUUGUGGUGGUGUACGAGUGCAUGUGUGUUCGUGUGAAUGUGUUGCAAGACGACUCUCGCUUGUUUCACUUUUAUUUCUGCUGUUUCGACAGUUUUGCACACGCUGUUUUGUCUGUCGCUAUGGUGACUGCAUGCCAUUAUUACGCGGGUAGUGAUACUGAGGGCUAAGGUGAGGAGUCGUGUCAGAUAUCCUUGCAUGACAUACGAGAAUACUGAAGUGUGGUGAGUCAUGAAUUAUUGAAUAGCAAGCAUUGCCUGCUGUUGGAUUUUCUAUUUCGCCGAACUUGUUACUGUUUAAUCUACGACAGUGUUAUUUGUGCAUACAGUGUGUUAACCAAUGAAGUGGUUGGUGAUACUGGAGAACAAACCCUUGAAAAUAAACUUUUGUAUACUGCUUGAAACUUUAUACGUGAUUUUUACCUGGUGACUGGUGGCGAUAUUUACGCAUUUAAACGUAAAAAUACUCCAGGGAUAAUUUCUUGUGUCCGAGAAGAGCACGGCUGAAUUGGAUAAACCGUUCUCCUGAAGAGGGCAGAAGACACUUCCUUCGCUUCGGACUGUAGUCCACGUACUCAAGUAGCUGUAAGAUUUCUUCAUCGUGAGUGGUCGGGGAUUCCUGAAGUACGGCAGAAACGGCGAGCACGUCGUGGUAUGAAACUGUUGCCUCUCUCCCUCCCCCCCGUCGCGGCGAUGGAUCGCCUGCCGCUGUCGUUGCCCUUCAGUCCCACGGACCUGCUUUGGAGAUAUCCCCUGGGGUUCCCUGCAGCCCCCAGUCAACCACCUCCAAUGUCUCCGCUUCUAGACUUCAAGACACACCUUCCAACUAGUCUAGCAUCUGAUCCCAGAGUCUGGUCACGUGAAGAUGUGGCCACAUUUCUUAGGUGGUGUGAAAGAGAGUUCGAUUUGCCCCAUUUUGACAUGGAGAUGUUCCAGAUGAACGGUAAGGCGAUGUGUCUCCUCACAAAGAGUGACCUAGCUGAGCGUUCUCCGGGCUCUGGUGACGUUCUGCACAAUGUGCUACAGCUGCUGAUGAGAGAUGCACAGACAUUGCAGCGCUGUCUACCAAGCAGUCCUGUGACACCUACCUCACGCCACCAUUAUCCACUCUCACCCCACCACAUAACAGGAACAUCACAUCCCUCCACCCCCACCUGGAACAACUUGCUGACAUCAACAGCUGUGACAGCAUCAGAUUUCCAGACACCAAGCCUCGCCCACCUUGUUCAUCAAGGCAAUUCCGUCACUCUCAGUCCGGCACCUUCUGUUGAUAGCCAAUCAGGGAGCCCACAGCAUGCAGAUCAUAAUGCAACAUCUUCAUAUCAUGGAGGUAGCAAUGGAAGCAAUCAGUCAUCUGAUUCAGAUGAGGACAGCUACCAGGAUAGCAACAGUGGUAGCUUGCCUAAUGGUGGAGGAGGGACUCAUCAUAGGUUAGCUGCAAGUGGUGGCAGCAGCAGUAACAGCCCUCCAUCAACACCUGGUAUUAAUGUUGCUGUACCAUCACUCCCCCAGCAGCCACAUUCACCAGCCAAGGAGCAAACCAGCCCUGGUGCAAACUUUAGCACAAAUGGAAAUGGCUUUAGGGCUGUUACAGGAAGGGAAUUCUUCCCCACAGAUACACCAGAACCGAACACAAACGGAAGAUUACUUUGGGACUUCCUGCAACAGCUGCUGAAUGACCCCACUCAGCGUUACACCAACUACAUAGCAUGGAAGAAUCAUGAUACCGGGGUGUUCAAAAUUGUAGAUCCAGCUGGGCUUGCCAAAUUGUGGGGCAUCCAGAAGAAUCAUCUUUCGAUGAACUAUGAUAAAAUGUCAAGGGCUCUCCGUUAUUACUACAGGGUCAAUAUCCUACGCAAAGUGCAAGGAGAAAGGCACUGUUAUCAGUUCCUUCGCAACCCAAGUGAACUGAAGAGUAUAAAGAACAUGUCACUUUUACGUCAGCAGAUGAGUCCUACUAGACCAACCCCCUCCUUGCAACAGCAUCAACAGGCACAGCAGCAGCAUCAGGUGUCGCCCCCUGUGGCAGUCAGCAUCAAGGUUGAACCUGACAUGGAGGACGGUGAUUCUCCCAUAGAUGAAGACCUGCUGCCAACAGAUCUCAGCAUGGAGCACCCAACAGACCUGAGCCCCAGUCGUCACACUGCGGCUGAACUUCGGGCCAUGCACUGCCAGACUGAGGUGAACAUUUCUGCUAGCAGAGACUCAAACACGCAAUACAACGGUGUCAAGAUCAAAACAGAUUCUGAGAGUACAGAUGAAAACAAGUGAUUUUCCACACAUUUCCACUGUUCUUGUGGAAGUAAUCAGGGACGCUUCAGUGAAAUAAAAUCUGAAUGUGAACAUAAUCCAGGAUAUGAUAGGUGGGUGUUCUGUAACACUAAUUAUGCUAUGUAAUAUAUUAAGAAGGAAGGUCUAUACUGAAAUGCUUUGAUGGAUGACCUUGCUAUUUAUGUAUAUAGAACAGAAGAAAUUGCCACGUUGAAACAUGAAUAUUUAUGCAUCUGAUUACAAUAUAAUGGUUUUGGUGUGAAACCUGUCUGUGUGCCAGAACGUGUGAAUUCGGAGUAAGCAGUGUUGUUUGAUUAGUGAUAAGAACUGUCACCUGCCAGGAGUAUCAUUUAACUUCCUCAGGAAAUAACUUCUGAAAAAAAAAAAGAUGUUAUUUGAUAGGCAUCUGUUUCAGAAGGUCUGUCACAGACUUCUCAAAUUAGACAAUAUUAAUCCAGUAGGCUUUGAAUGAAAGUGUGUAUGAGAUAUCUGGAAAUACGAUGUGACAAGGAACAGAAAUCAUGUGCACACCUCUACUGCACCAAACAUGGAGUAUAGUGCAUACCCCACAUCAUGUGGCUGCAGUCUUUCUAGAUCCUGUUUAUGUUUCAGUGAAUGUAUCGUUUGUUAGCAAUACUCUUACUGUUACAAGGAAGGUUGCAUUGUUAGAAUGACAUACAGAAAACAGUGCCAAGAUUAUUAAUAUAGGACCCCAAGGGAUGGAUGAAUUACAGUUAUAUUGAAAGUCGGUGGGUAGGAUUGUGAAAUACUUGCUCUUUUAUCAACACAUUUCUGUUUUAGUACUGCUUGAAAUAACUUUCCUGUUCUGUUGUCACAUAAAAUACAUCUGUCUGUAUCGAUGACAAUGAUUCAUACAGCUUAUGGCAUGAAGUGACAAGACG